GCGUCUUUCUCUGGUGGGCGUGCGGGGUCGGCGGCUGCGUUAGCGCCGGUGCGGCCGUGCCGGGGCGGGGGGAUGGCGGCCACCGCGGAGCUGCAGGGGAAGUACCAGAAGCUGGCUCAGGAAUACUCCAAGCUGGACUAAAACAUAUCAAAUGAAUACAAUCUACCAUUGAAGAAAGAAACCAGGAUUCAAGCAAUCAUCAAGAAAUGGGAAGCUGAUGCUGUUGGUAUCCUUACUGCCACAGGGUAGAGUUCAGGAUACAAAUUUGGUGCAGCUUUUCUGCCUGGAACUACUUUCUUGAACAGAAUGUUGUAAGAAGUGUGCACAUGUAGUGCUGUCAUGAAACUUCGAGCUCAGAACCAAGUACUGAAAAAGGGGGUUGUGGAUGAGCAAGCAAACUCUGCAUCUCUGAAGGAGCAAUUGAAGAUGAAGGACCAAUCCCUGAGAAAAUUGCAACAAGAAAUGGACAGCCUGACCUUUCGAAAUCAGCAGCUUGCCAAACGGGUGGAGUUACUUCAAGAUGAACUUUCGUUAAGUGAAACUAGGGGCAAGAAGAACAAGAAAAGUGCAGAAUCUUCAUCUCAGUUGAGUCAAGAGCAGAAAAGUGUCUUCAAUGAGGAUCUUCAGAAGAAGAUAGAAGAGAAUGAACGACUGCAUAUACUUUACUUUGAAGCAGAUGAGCAGCAUAAACGUUUAGAAGCAGAGCUGAGAACUAAACUGGAAGUUCUGGAAACUGAUGCUGCCCAGCAUCAAGCUGUAGUGGACAGCUUAACAAGGAAAUACACAGACACCAUUGAAAAGCUGCAGAAUGAUAAAUCCAAAUUGGAAAUCAAGUCUCAGACACUAGAAAGAGAAGCUAAGGACUGUAGGCUUCGAACCGAAGAAUGUCAGCAGCAGUUAAAGAAUCUUCAAGCAGCUUUGGGCAGUCGACUGGAAGAAUCUCUAUGCAUAAUCAAUGAAAAAGUACCUUUUAAUGACACAAGAUCUAAUCGGUACAAUGCUCUCAAUGUACCGUUGCACAACAGAAGAUAUCAGCUCAAGUUGCGAGACCUUGCUGGCCAGGCAUUGUCUUUUGUGCAAGAAAUUGUAACAGCUCUUCUGAAUUUUCAUACGUAUACUGAGCAGAAGGUCCAGAUCUUUCCCAUUGAUUCUGCAACAGACACUAUAUCACCAUUAAAUCAGAAGUUCUCACAGUAUCUUCAUGAAAAUGCUUUUUAUGUUCGCCCUCUGGAGGAAGGAAUGCUUCAGUUGUUUGAGAGUAUUACAGAAGAUACAGUGACAGUCCUGGAAACAGCUGUGAAAUUGAAGGCCUUUUCAGAACAUUUAGCUUCAUACUUAUGCUUUUUAAGAAAGAUUCUUCCUUAUCAGUUAAAAAGUUUGGAAGAAGAGUGUGAGUCUUCUCUUUGCACAGCUGCUUUAAAAGCUAGAAAUAUGGAGCUACACAGAGACAUGAAAAGGUUGACGGCGAUCUUUGAGAAGCUACAUACAUACGUUAGUCUUCUUGCUUUACCAAGUACGAAACCAGAAGGACUACUUAGAACAAAUUACAGCUUGGUGUUUACAAACAUUGCUGCAAGCCUUCAUGCGUCUCAUGACAUCCUGAAAGACAUUUCCAAGCACUACAGUCAAAAAGCUACACUAGAACAAGAUGUUCCAACUGCCACACAGAAGCUCAUAACUACAAAUGACUGUAUUUUGUCCUCCAUUUUGUCUUUAACAAAUGGAAUAGGCAAGAUUGCUUCGUUCUUUAGCAACAACUUGGAUCACUUCACUUCUUCGUUGAGCUAUGGCCCAAAAGGAGGAACAGAGUUCAUCAGCCCUCUUUCAGCAGAGUGUAUGCUGCAGUACAAGAAAAAGGCAGUUGCCUAUAUGAAGACUCUGAAGAAGCCUUGUGCAGAUUCAGUGCCUUAUGAAGAAGCUUUGGCCAAUCGCAGAGUCCUUCUGAGUUCCACAGAAAGUAGAGAAGGUCUCGCACAACAGGUCCAACAGAGUUUGGAGAAAAUUGCAAAACUUGAACAAGAGAAAGAGCACUGGAUGUUGGAGGCCCAGCUAGCAAAAAUAAAACUGGAGAAGGAAAACCAAAAGCUGAAGAACUCUCUUAGUGGACAAUUAGCUGAAACUGUACAAGAGUGUUCUGUUUUAUCAAAUAUAGCUGAACAAAAGGAGGAAACCACAGAGAAGAGUCAGAGGGAACCUAUCAAAAGUACAAGUCUGAUUGGGAUGUUGACUAUAACUACUGAUAACGAGAAGAUUCCAGAUGUUGAAUCUCGUGAAGACUUGAUUAAAAAACACUAUAUGGCAAGAAUAGCAGAACUUACAUCCCAUCUACAGCUUGCUGACAGCAAAUCAGUACACUUUCAUGCAGAGUGUCGAGCACUUGCCAAAAGACUGUCUUUAGCAGAGAAGUCCAAGGAAUCACUCACAGAAGAGUUGAAACUGGCUAGUCAAAGCAUCAGUAGAUUACAGGAUGAGUUGAUGACGACAAAGAGAAGUUAUGAGGAUCAGUUAAGUAUGAUGAGUGACCAUCUCUGCAGUAUGAAUGAGACUCUAACUAAACAAAGGGAAGAAAUUGACACACUAAAGAUGACUAGUAAGGGAAACUCUAAAAAGAACAAAACCCGAUAGCUCCCAGCUCAUCAGCUGUCUGUGGAGGCUGCUGCUGAAGAGAGUGCAGAUACUGUCUGGUGCCUCUUGUUACGGAAAGCAGGGUGGUGUUGGGUCUCAUGUGAACUGAUUUGGUGCUGUACAUGGCUUUAAAAUAUUUAGCACUUCCAACAGAUAGAACUUGGUGUUGUCUCUAAACCAGGACACGUACACUCUGUGGAUAGUUUGUAAUUACCUUCAGUUUUUACUGUGCACUUUUUAAAACUGGGUUUUAAUUUCCUGUAAUAACUUUGGCUUUUGUAUAUUUUUCAAAUAUGAUUAUGCAUUAAGAAAUUUGGUAUCAGUGCAGUUGUCUGUUUCUGAGUUAUGUUAAAUUGUCAACAGCUGUACACUCAGUUCCUGCUAAUGACAGUUUAAAAAUUAAUUUGGAAAAUAUGGCCACAUGAGCUGUGCAGCUACUACUGUAAAUGUACUCCUGCCCUCUGAAAUGAAUUCAAGUGUCUUUAAAUGAUUUCUCCAAAUUCCCAUGGAUAAGUGGGAUCGUUCUUCAUCCCCAUCUUUUUUUUUUUUUUUUUUUUUUUGUUAGAUUGCAAUAGUGGAAACUCUUGCUACUUGUAUUUGGCACUUUGGAUUUUGAAAUAAAGAGCACAAACAGCUGAACUGGGAAACUUCUCUGAAAUUGCUUUAAGCCCUAAUUUUGGCAUUUUGUAUACAUGUGUAUAUAUUCUGGUUGAAAUAGCUGUUAAAAGCUAUAGGAAAAUGUGAUUGUAAUUUUGCCCCAAAAGAGUGAAGCAGUAUAUGUGUGUGUAGAAUAGAUCAGCUUUCUGUGCUCUCUUACAAUGAAGAACAUAAAAUACGUAGAACAUUGAAACACUGAAUUUGCAAAGAGUCCCUUGUGGGGUUAGUUCUGAUGGGACGACCGAGGAGCUGCACAUAGCUUUUCUUGUGCUUUGGGAAGCUUGUGAUCUCUUGGCCUCUCAAGAUUCUUUAAGUGAAGUCUAAUAAUACACGGUUUCAUGACAUCUGACUUUUUUUUUUUUAAACCAGAUGUUGUGCUGCUUCACACUGAUCUUCAGUUCUAUAACGUGCUUUGUGGCACUUAGUUGUCCCAUAAGGGUUUGCUCUGAUAUCAGCUGUGUCAAUGUGUUAUCAAUAUGUAACAAUAAAAUCAACUAAACAAAA